CCCUGCAACACCUCCUCUCCUCCUUCUCGUGAAGAGGAGGAAGGCUGCCGUUACAAUUGGAUGUAAUCUCUCAGACACCCAGCUCAUCCACGAGGGAUCAAAACCUUUGUGACAGUUGUUACUGUAUGCAUAUGAGAAAGAAUGAAACACUAAGUAGGUUAAUUUAGUGAAAACCUACCCAUUUGUAACAAGCAUGGUAACAACCAUUCAUUGUUACACCUUUGUAAAUACAUACCACAAUUACUACUAGUUACAUGUUGUUAUUACACUGUAACUAUGAGUUAAUACAGUUAACUACAAUAGUUGUGAGUGUAAUUACACGACAAUAAGGAACCCUUAAUUAAGUGUUACGAAAACCUCCUCCUUUUGUUGGUCAUGUGCAUGCUAACAUUGAACUUAAUCAAAUUGUUUUUGUCCUCAGUUGUCUGCUGCACAGCUGCACUCAGCCGCCUCAGACAGUUCCAUCUCUAUGAAAAAAAACAACAACAAUUAAAUUGGACAGAAGCACAAGACUUCUGCCGGAAGAACUACACUGAUCUUGUCACUGUGUACAAUCGGGAGGAAUCUGGGCAGCUGUUACAGUUAAUGGGAUCUGAUUGCAACAUUAUGACCUGGAUAGGUCUCCAUCGCAAAGAGCACAGUCUGAAGUGGUCCAAUGGAGACUUUGUUAAUGACACUGCAUGGUUACCACUUCCAAACCUGUGCACAGAGCCAAUGUGUGCAACAAUACUGGAAUAUAGUACAACAUGGGAGAAUUGUAAAGAGCAGAAAUACUUUAUGUGUUACAGAAAAGGGUCUCGUGAUCCCUUCCUGAUUGAACAGAAGAUGACCUGGUAUGAGGCUCAGAGUUACUGCAGAGCGAACUACACUGACCUGGUCAGCAUCAGGAAUGAGGGACAGAAGAAGGAAGUGAAGAAAGAAGGGAUGAACAGCAACAUUCCUUACUGGAUCGGCCUGCUGUAUGAUGACUGGGAGUGGUCUGAUGGAGGGAGAUCUGCCUACAGAUACUGGUCGGAGGAUGUUCCAAAUAACUACUAUCCUCAUACAGGAGAUAAUGUCGCUGUUCUUUCCCAGAGUCCAAGAGGUAUACUCACAGUGCCAAGUAAAAAUAAUCAAGAUGGUACAUUCUGCUCUGAAGUUCGCAUCCACAAUAUCAGUGAAAGAAUGUCUUGGGAACAGGCCCUGGGCUACUGCAAGAAGAACUACCAUGGACUGCUGCGAAUUGAGACAGAAGAAGACCUGGGGGCGAUCAAGCAGAAGUUCAAUGGGACUGAUAUAACUGGUCCUGUGUGGGUGGGUCUGAGACAGAGCCGUCUCUUUGGGUUCUGGGUCUGGACCAAUGGGCUGCCAGUGGAGUGGAGUAACUGGGAGGGAGACAGACAGCCUGAACAGCCUCUGUCCAACCAUUGUGGUGCCAUGGCAAUGGAGGAGGGAUACAAGUGGAGUGAUCAGGAUUGUCUGUCCAAGCGCUACUUUAUUUGUGAAGGAUAAUUUAUAUAAAUUUCCCCAUUGUUAAUUGAAUUAACUGUCUUUACCAUUCCUCACAUUUGAAUUGAUAUGUGUUUUUUUCGGUAUUUGCUGAUUGAAAUCACAUUUCCCAAAAUGUUUUAAUGUUUAACCUUUCAGCAUGCAAUGCAAUGUACAAUGCACCGUGUCAUUGAUAUAACUUAUCAAAAAUAUUUGAGUAAAAUGUUGUGAUAUUUCAGAUAUUUUAAACAUUUAAAACAAUAACAUUUAGAUCACUAUGUCAUGUGAUUAAAAUAUGAUAUUCUCUUGUCAUAACAUGUUUGCCAUUAAGCAAACUCAUUUAUCCUAGGUUUACCCAUAGUCAUCCCUAUUGUAACUAUGGGUUACUGUAAUUAAUACUCCAGAUAGCCUAAAUACCAUUAUAUUUCAUUAAUAGUAUCAUGCAUGUUAACGAUGACUAAGGAAAUAAAAAUGAUAGUAAAGUAAUAUAUUUUAUAUAAUGGACAAUGUAAACAUAAUAUCUCUUCUCCCAAUUUCUGUUCUUACUUUA